AGCUUCACCCGGAACACUGGUAAAUCUAAGAAGUUGCUUGUUCUGCGACUGCAUUGGAGAUGAGGGAAGACCGACAGCGGGCCAAACGUUCAUAAGAUGAGGGCAUUCCGCUCAGAAAACGGUAAUACAAUCAUCCCUCUUUAACAUCUUCACUAUCUUGCCAUCUACGAUCACCGAAAGUUCCAACAAUAUGCGUCAUUUCGUCAAUCUUACAACCCUUCUCUUUUGUGGCACUGCAUGUGCACAAUUUGCCUCUGGCGAUUUUUCCGGCAUACCAGUCAUGUGUCAGAAUGGGAAAGAACCUACCCUAAGCUGCUCGGAACCCAUCCAAGAAACGUGUGGAUGCGUCUGCCGUGAUGGAGCGACUUUUAAUCAGACGCGUCCCGGGUCCUUAGUUGAUGUGACUCUACCGCCGGUCUCACAACAGCUUCCGGGGAAACCAUGCAUGGCUGAAGUUUUCGUUCCCUGGAAGGAUAUCGACUUGCCUCAUACGAAGGAUUCCUACGAACCGUCGAACAUGUACGACGAGAUGGUUCAUGUGCCAGAAGAUAGCGUAUUUGUGGUCGCCGAUUCGUUGGGGAGGUGUCAGCACUUUGAGGUGUUUGUCGAUGGCGAAAAGGUAGGGGUUACGAAUGGAGACGGACCUCUUGAUAACUGGCCUUGUGGCGACCCCGAAACCUGCAUAGAGAAGAAUGGAGGAAGCCAUGGGUAUUUUACGCUUCAGAAAGGAUCACAUGCCAUUGGUCUCAGAUGGAUCGGUAUCACAGACGCGUGUAAACACAUCUCUACUGGACGUGGCUCGUACCAGAUCUACAAGAAAUGCUGAACGAUCCUAUGUAAACUUAACAUAGCCUGCCAGGCAGUCCAGGAAGUAAUCUGGUCCCAACACAAAAUUUUGGUGCCGAGAACCAAAUGUUGAUAUUGAGAUGAGGUUGGAAGAUUGUUGAUGUCUAUGGUUGGGAGCUGAGGUUGCAUUUGUCUAUGUUUAGCGCCCCAUAUUUAUGAUGCGCUACCUACACCAACUUUUAGUGCUUGUCAGUGCGAACAGAAAUCGGUACUCGUACAAUACAAAGCCUAAAACAAAGUUCCUGAGUCGAUGCGAAAGACUUCGCAUUCAGUCGAGAUUGAGGAAUCUGACCAUAAUAGCACCGUAGCACCGUGACGCAGGCGAGCUCCAGCGAAAGAAA